AUGACGUUUCUAGCCGGACGACAAUAGAGAAGGGACAGGUUCGGUUUAUGGAGUUUGGACGAACAGCGUUUGUUGUGAGAGUUUCUCUCCGCGGCGUUUGAGCACCAAAAAUGACGACUUUCAGGGUUUUUUCGAGCACAACACUCGCCGUGCUGCUGCUACUGCUGCUGCUCGACGUGUGCCUGGUGUGCUGUGACAUUACGGACGGGAACGCGGAGCACCUGAAGCGGGAGCACUCGCUGAUGAAGCCGUACCAAGGCGUCGGCAGCAGCGCCAGCAGUCAGUGGGACUUCUGGGGAAGCACGUUGGUGACGUCCUCGUACGUCCGACUCACCCCGGACGAGAGGAGCAAACAGGGAUCCAUCUGGAACACAAUGCCUUGUUACCUGAAGGACUGGGAGAUGCACGUGCAGUUUAAAGUUCAUGGGUCGGGGAAAAAGAAUCUCCACGGCGAUGGCAUCGCCCUCUGGUACACGAAGGAAAAACUGCACCCAGGCUCCGUGUUUGGAAACCAAGAUCCGUUUCUUGGCCUGGCUAUUUUUUUGGAUACCUUCCGCAAUGACCUCCAUGGGAUGGAUCGCUCCUUCCCGUACAUUUCCGCCAUGGUGAACAACGGCACGGUGAGCUACGACCACAGCAAAGACGGCCGCCUGUCGGAGCUGGGAGGCUGCUCGGCCGAGAUCAGGAACCGGGAGCACGACACGUACCUCGCCGUCCGCUACUCCAAAGGAAGACUCACUGUGAUGAUCGACGUGGACGACAAGAACGAGUGGAGGGAGUGCAUCGACAUCGGCGGCGUUCGUCUUCCCACGGGAUAUUACUUUGGUGCCUCAGCAGCGACAGGAGAUCUCUCAGAUAACCAUGACAUCAUCUCCAUGAAGCUCUACCAGCUGAUGGUAGAACACACCCCCGAGGAGGAGAACAUGGACUGGUCCAAGAUCGAGCCCAGCGUCAGCCUCCUUAAGUCUCCCAAAGACAACAUCGACGAUCCCACCGGAAACUUCCGCAGCACGCCGCUCACCGGCUGGAAGGUCUUCCUGCUGCUGCUGUGCGCUCUGCUGGGAAUCGUGGUGUGCGGCGUGGUGGGAGCCGUGGUUUUCCAGAAGAGGCAAGAGAGGAACAAGAGGUUCUACUGAAAAAAAGAGGAUGAGGAGGGGGAGGAGGAGGUGUUUGCUGUGGAUUGAACUGUUUCCUGACGGCAGAUCGAGCACAUUCAAUGUGAAUUUUUUUCUAAAGAUUGUACAAAUGUUUAUAUCUUUUGAAGCACUGCGUUGGGGGUUAAUCUUUUUUCUUUUUUGAUGUUGGUAAGACAGAGCAGAGCUGAGAGGCCCUGGUAAAUGCUGUUUGUUUUCUUUGUUUUCGUUGAUGGCAGAAUUACCACAAGUCCAUUUCUAUGUUUCUCUGAUUCGAGUGUGAUCCUUUAAAAAAGGUUUUGUUUUUCUUACUGUUUUACUGUGAAGGAAGAGACAAUUUGACACGAAAUAAUCUGACAUUUUGUGGUGAUUUUCUUGCUUUUCCUAAUUUUGCUUUUGUCUAAGCAUUUUAAAGUCAUUUUGAAAUAACUGAAAUUGUGAACAACAGAUAUUUUCUUUAAAUAACCACUGUUACACAACUUAACUCAAUUUCUGUCUUAUUUUUCUUUUCGUUUAAACUGGAAGGAUCAAAUGUCAAUUCAUUUUGACCACAUUUGACUGUUUAAUCUGACUUUCCUUACUCUUGUUUAGCCAUUUGGUUGAAAAUGUCUGAAAUUUGAUCAUGAAAAUCAAAGUAAAAGUUAACAUAACACUCAAAUGAA